AUGGCCCUUCUCCCUGCUCCCCGUGAAGCCGUGGCCAUUGGCAAAGUCAUACAUGUCACCGGAUAUCGGAACCUCCCACCAGACGAGCUAGUCGAUCUCGCCAUUGAGAGUCACAUUGCCCGUAUAGUAAAACGACCUCUUGGUGGCGAUGAAUCAUUCUUCGUUGCCGAUUUGGGCCAGAUACUUCGACAGCAUCGUCGUUGGACCCAGAAUAUGCGCGGAAUACGACCGUAUUAUGCGGUGAAAUGCAAUUGUGACCCAACCUUCCUCAAAGUUCUUUCCGAACUGGGGACGGGGUUCGACUGCGCUUCAAUUGAGGAGAUACGCGCAGUUCUCAGUCUCGGUGUGGAUCCUGCCCGGAUUCUGUUCGCUAACCCAUGCAAAGCCCCCGCCGCUGUAGCUUUUGCACGCGAGGUUGGUGUCUUGCGAACGACAUUUGACAAUAUCGACGAAUUGGAUACCAUCAGCGCACACAUGCCAGAAGCUCAGCUGUUACUUCGUAUCUAUGCAAAUGACGAGGGUGCUUUUAUUUGUUUGGGCGAAAAGUUCGGUGCGCAGUUGGAUACGACCGAGGAGCUACUUUCAAGAGCUUGGGAGCUUGGACUGAAUGUGAUUGGUGUUAGCUUUCAUGUUGGGACAGGUGCUACCAACCCCGAAUCAUUUUGCAAGGGCAUCAAAGAUGCACGUCUGGCGUUUUCACAAGCUGAACGACUAGGUUUCCGCCCCAAAAUUCUCGAUAUCGGCGGCGGCUUUCAAGAUGAUUGCUUUGAGUCUAUGGCCCCUUUUAUUCGAGAGGCAAUUCGGUCGGAGUUUCCAGUUGGUAUCACAACGAUCGCCGAACCAGGUCGUUUUUUUGCUCGUAACAUGCUUUAUCAAAAUGAUGGCAUAUAUGGAAAUUUUAUGAAUGUCAUUAUGGAGAAAGAGAUCGUGGUUCCUUAUUUGGUCAAGAGUAGGAAAAGGGGUCAUAAAUCAAAAGGGGAAGAGAAGAACGAUCAAGUAACAUCUCAUCGGUACUCGAUCUGGGGACCUACAUGUGACAGCACCGAUUGUGUUGUGCGCGAAGUGACACUUGAUUCUGAAGUCAAGAUUGGGGAUUGGAUCAAAUAUAAAAACAUGGGAGCAUAUACAAGUACCACUGCUACUCAGUUCAAUGGCUUCAGCAGCACUCAUGAUACAUUUUAUGUCAACAGUGAAACCUUGCCUGACUAUUAG